UGUCCGACAGUUCCUGAAUGCAGCACCAGGAGGAGCUGGUCCUCCUCCUGGUGGCCUGUAUCCGGUCUGCCAGCACUGUCAGCGGGAUCUAACAGAGCUAACACCCCGUCAGGACCAACUGGAGUCUGUCUCAGUCGGUUCUGUGUUUCAGUGUUUCAGGAAACUUUUCUGUGACUUAUAAACUCUUCAGAACAACUUCCGGCAUGAACGCGCUGCUGCGGCGCUGUCAGCCGCGGCGGGUCUGCACCUGGAGAGAUCUCCAUGUGGGAGCACCCGUGGCGACCUUCGACGUGAGGAAAGUGGAAUUAACACCUCUGGAGCAGCGGAAACUCACCUUCGACUCCCACGCCAUGGUGACGGAGCUGGAGAGCAGCGGUUUUGAGAAGCGUCAGGCGGAGCUCAUCGUUUCAGCUCUGGUCACUCUGACGACAGCGAACAUGGACAUCGUUUAUAAAGACAUGGUGACCAAAUCCCACCAGGAAAUCGCUGUGCUGCAGAUCAUGGCUCAUCUGGACUCCAUCAGGAAGGACAUGGUGAUCCUGGAGAAGAGCGAGUUCGCCAACCUUCGAUCUGAGAACACGAAAAUGAAAAGAGAACUGGAGCAGCUUCGGAACAGACUGACGGAAGAGAGUCAGAAAGUCCGAUCAGAUUCCAGACUGGACAUCAACCUGGAGCGCAGCAGGACGUCUGACAUUUUUACUGAUCAGGAGAAGAAGCUGAUGGAGGCGAGCACAGAGUUCCAUCACAAGAGAGCCGACCUCGUCAACGACAACAUGGAGAUCAACAAGAAGAUCGACCUGCAGGUGGCUUCGCUCAAAACCGUCCUGGAGUCUCACAAACUGGAGACGAUCCGCUACGUCGCAGCGACGUUGUUCUCCUGCCUCGCCAUCGCGCUGGGCGUCUACCGGCUGUGGAGGUGAAGGAGCUUCAUCACAAACACACUCAGCUCGUCUUCAUACUCGACACAAAGUAGUUCCGGUCAAACGUCUUUAAAACGGACGUAGUUUAAAAAACGCAGCUGCUGCUGCUGAGUUCUCAUCAUGUCACAAUUUGAAGUAUGAAGCAGCAUAAAACUAUCUGCAUGGAGAGAAGCUUCUCUGGUGUUUUAUUCUUUGAUUUGGGUGAAUUAACCCUUUAAAAGGACGUAUUUAUAGUUGAUUUUCAGAAAUGUAUUUUACAGUCUUGACAAGAACAAAUUUCUGUGUAAAAGUGAUUUUUUUUAAAAAUGAACUUUGUGUUAUUUUGUGUUUAAUUUAAAUCCACGUCGAUCCAGACUCGUGUUGUUUCAGACGGGAAACGUUCAUCAUGUUUACUAAACUAACUGAUCAUUUACUGACAAUAUGAAGUUAGUUGUUGUUACAGUUUGACUGCAGAUAACGUCUCUGAUAGUUUUUUUUUUUAAGUUUUUUUUUUAAGUCAAAAGAAAAAGAUUGUAACAAAACAUUAAAAAUGUAUUCAGAGUUGUGAAAUUUAAAGACGUUCUUGAGUAAAAAUCUAUAAAACUUUUAUUUUAUUGCUGUUUUUAAAACGAAACGAAGGAACUAAAACUCAAGAAAUAAAACAUUUCUGCUGGAAAACAAUAAACUGUGUUU